AUGCAUAUAUAUAUAUAUAUAUAUAUAUAUAUAUAUAUAUAUAUAUAUAUAUAUAUAAAAUUGCAUAAGUUUAUAUUUUUAACAAAUAUUUUAAAUCUAUCUCGCUUUCUCUCUCUCUCUCUCUGUCUUCAGGUCGCUUCUUUAUCGUCAUUUAGAAAAAUUCAAGUUGAUUUUUCGUUAAAUCUUUUCGAAAUGGGUCUAAAAAGUAUUCAAGCUCGUCAAAUAUUUGAUUCCAGAGGAAAUCCAACAGUCGAAGUAGAUUUGUUAACUGAUAAAGGGCUUUUUAGAGCAGCAGUACCAUCAGGUGCCAGCACUGGAAUCUAUGAGGCUUUGGAACUCAGAGAUAAUGAUAAAACUCAAUAUCACGGAAAAAGUGUUUCAAAGGCUGUUAAUAAUAUUAAUAAUAUAAUAGCACCUGAAUUAUUAAAACAAAAUUUUGAUGCUACUCAACAAAAAGAAAUAGAUGAAUUUAUGAUAAAAUUAGAUGGAACGGAUAAUAAAUCAAAAUUGGGCGCUAAUGCAAUUUUAGGAGUUUCAUUAGCUGUAUGCAAAGCUGGUGCUGCUGAAAAGGGAGUUUCAUUAUAUAGGCAUAUUGCUAAUUUAGCUGGAAAUGACAAUAUUGUUUUACCAACCCCUGCAUUUAAUGUCAUCAAUGGAGGAUCUCAUGCUGGAAACAAAUUGGCAAUGCAAGAAUUUAUGAUUUUACCAACUGGAGCUACCUCAUUUACUGAAGCCAUGAGAAUGGGUUCUGAAGUUUAUCAUCAUUUAAAAAAAGUUAUUCAUGCCAAGUUUGGCCUUGAUGCCACUGCUGUUGGAGAUGAGGGUGGUUUUGCACCAAAUAUUUUGAAUAACAAAGAAGCAUUAUUAUUAAUUACUGAAGCAAUAUCUAAAGCAGGAUAUGAGGGAAAAAUUGACAUAGGAAUGGAUGUCGCUGCAUCAGAAUUUUACAAGAAUGAAUUGUAUAAUUUGGAUUUUAAAAAUCCAAACUAUGAUAAAUCCCAAUGUAUAGACUAUGAAAAGCUUACAGAACUCUACAUGGAAUUUUUAAAAGAAUUCCCCAUUGUAUCCAUUGAAGAUCCUUUUGAUCAGGAUCAUUGGCAAGCUUGGUCAAAUAUAACUAGUAAAGCUAAUAUUCAGAUUGUUGGGGAUGAUCUUACUGUCACAAAUCCCAAAAGAAUUGAAAUGGCUGUUAAAAAUAAAGCUUGUAAUUGCUUACUUUUAAAAGUCAAUCAAAUUGGAACAGUGACUGAAAGUAUAAAGGCUCAUCUGCUUGCAAAAUCUAAUGGCUGGGGUACAAUGGUGUCUCACAGAUCUGGAGAAACAGAAGAUUCCUUUAUUGCAGACUUGGUGGUUGGUCUAGGAACUGGUCAAAUUAAAACAGGAGCUCCUUGUCGAUCUGAAAGACUUGCAAAGUACAAUCAAAUCCUGCGUAUCGAACAAGAAUUGGGACCAAAUGCCAAAUAUGCAGGAAAGAAUUUCAGAAAUCCAUGA